GUCGUGCGCUGGAGCUCUUCGUCGGAUCUCCUCUCCAGCUCCUGUCAGCUCAGUCUCAGCAGCGCUCUCAGGAUGUUCUGCUGGGGAGACGCGUCCAGAGGUCAGCUCCUCUCACCCGGAGCUGAGGGCAGCUUUCUCACCACCCCGACCUUGGUGAAUGCGUUUGGUGAACAGAUAGUGAGUGUGUCGUGUGGAGAGCAGCACACUGUGUUUGUGAGUGAAGGUGGCCGAGUUUUCACCUGUGGACGGAACUCUAAAGGACAGCUGGGCAGAGCGAAGAGCAAAGAGACUAAAGUACCAGUGAUUGAAGGUCUGGGGGGAGUAGCCUCUGUGGCCUGUGGUCAGGAGCACAGUUUGGCCUUGUGUGACUCGGGUCAGGUGUUCUCCUGGGGAGGAGGUGGAGAAGGUCAGCUGGGCGUCAGCAGUCCGGUGGCAAAAUCUACUAAACCAGGACCUGUUCAUGUACCAUCGCCUUUACCAAUACCAGUAGUACAGAUUGCUUGUGGAAAUUUCCAUUCUCUGGCCCUAACCAAAGGAGGCGAGGUGUAUGCUUGGGGCCAGAAUAGCUAUGGUCAGCUGGGUCUGGGGAAAGCUGUGGCCCUGCAGGCCAUCCCUGCCCUGGUGCAAGCUCUCACUGGAGUGCCAGUCAUUCAGAUCUCUGCAGGAGGAGCCCACACUCUUGCCCUCACCAGCUCAGCACAAGUCUUCUGCUGUGGGGCAAACAGUGCUGGACAGCUGGGCCUCAAAAGGACUGAUGAUAAAGGCCGCUUUACAAUCUGUGCUAUUCCUGCUUUGAGGUCCUUGCCCAUCGCUUCCAUCAGCUGUGGAGCAGCACACACUGCUGUCCUCACUAAGGGUGGAGAGGUUUAUACCUUUGGAGAUGGAACACAUGGUCAGCUUGGACACAACUCUACUAGUAGGGAGCUUCUGCCUAGGAAGGUGGAAGGUAUUGAUGGACAAGCUAAGCAAGUAACCUGUGGAAGCCAUCACACUCUGGUUCUGAUGCCGUCGGGUGUCCUCUUUGCAUUUGGGCAAGGGGUCAAUGGUCAGCUGGGCAACGGCAGCACAGAGAACAGCCUGAGACCUGUAAGACUGGAGGGAUCCUGGAACAGUUCAGGGGCGGAGAGACAGAGAGAAGUGAGGAUCUCCUCAGGCUGGAAUUCCAACUUCCUUUUCUUUCCCCCUCCCAAGAAAUCUGUUCUUGGUGAGCCGAUUGGAAAACUAGACGACGCCCGAGUGCAGAGAUGGGUUUCGGUGUUAGAGAGAGACAGAUACACUGAGGAAGCUAAAAGGGAGGUGGGCUUGACUUUUUCUACAAGUUCAAGUCUUGUCGCUUGUUUCAUGAAGGACAAUGGAGCUGUUCGAAGGAAUUCUCCAGGCACUAUAGCGGUUGAUUUGGAUGCUGCCAGUCAGACCUUUGACAAGAUCCUGAAGAUUCCUUGGAUCAAGAAGGCAGUUGAGGUUAACAUCCAUCCGCUUGUGCACAACCUUUGGCUUGCUGCACCGGUGAUGAAGUGCCCAGAGAUCUUCCUGCUUCUACCCACCUGCUCUAUUCUUCACGAAGACCGGAAUGUCAUUGAACUGGUGCUGCCAUUAGCAGUAGCCAUAACAGCGCUUAAUGAUUCUGCCAUGAAAACCUUGAAGGAUUACUGGUCCUCCAUGGAAGCCCCUAUGAUGUCCAAGCAUAUUUGCAUGUGGAAAUGUGCACUUGCCUUCCUCCUGAAGGCCAAUGUGUGGUUAUCAUUUAUCCCAGGAGUGAAAGCUGUGCUGGAAGUCCUCAAGUAUCUAUACAAGAGCAACAAAAGGGUGGCGAGAUCCAGGAAAGUUCCCCUCAAUGAGUUCUACAUAGAGGAGAUCGGCAUGUCACCUCUGUUACUCCAACAGGAUGUUACGCUGUGGCGGCAGCUUAAAUGGGGGCAGGUUCAGGAAGUGGAUGCUCUGCCACCUGUUUUCUGCCGUUACCCGUUUCUUCUGGAUCUGCAGAGCAAGAUAAACAUUUUUAACUACGAUGCUGCCAUAACAAAGAUGACCCACUCCUUCAUUCAUGGCCAAGUGUCGGCUGGGCUGCUUCAGGAUUUGUACACACAGGCCCCGACGCCUGUCAUCCUGCUUAGACUGAGACGCACUGCUCUGCUGGAGGACGCGUUCCGACAGCUCUCCUAUGCUGACCAUGACAACUUCAAAAAGGAGCUAUUGGUGGAAUUUGUUGAAGAUUCCAAACAGACAGCUGUCAACAAAAGAGAUUUCUUCCUCCACGCCUUCAAUGAGCUUUUAGCUCCGGAGUCAGAGAUGUUCAUGUACAACGACACCCAAACAAUGAUUUGGUUCCCAUCCCAGCCCAAGGUGGAAUCAAAGCAGUACUUUCUGUUAGGGAUCCUCUGUGGCCUAGCACUGAAUAACAGCAACAUAGUGCACAUGCCCUUCCCUCUGGCCAUGUUUAAGAAGCUGGUUAACGUGAAGCCCACCCUGGAUGACAUGAUUGAGUUCAGGCCUACAGUUGGAAAGAGUUUGAGAUGUCUUCUGUACGACUACACUGAUGAUGUCAUUGAGAAUAUGGACACCACCUUCUGUGUGCACUGGGAGGGAGUCAAUGUAGAGCUGGAUCCUCAGGAAAAAGGAAAACCUGUGACAAGUGCUAAUAAAAAGGAGUUUGUGGAUGCCUAUGUGGAUUACGCCAUGAACAAGUCAGUGGAGCGAGUAUUUGAGGAGUUCAGGAGGGGUUUCUACAAAGUGUGUGACCGAGACGUGGUGGAGUUCUUCCAACCAGAGGAGCUGAGAGGAGUGAUGGUGGGCACAGAAGAGUAUGACUGGGAUGUUUUCCGACAGAACACGGUUUAUGACGGACAGUUCCACGUGAGACACCCCACUAUUGUCACCUUUUGGGAGGUGUUUGAGGAGCUGACAGAUGAACAGAAGAAAGCCUUUCUCUUGUUUUUGACGGGCUGUGAUCGUGUACCCAUCCUUGGAAUGGAGCAGGUUAAAAUGGUUGUGUCUGUCCUGCCCAACUCCACCCAGGACCACCUGCCAGAGUCACUCACCUGUCACUGCAUCCUCAUGAUCCCACAGUAUAACAGCAAGCAGCGGCUGCAGUCCAAGCUUAUUGAAGCCUUAAAGCACAACAGAGGCUUUUGGAGAGACGAGCCCGGCGCGCGAGCCUCAGAGCGCUGCAGACUCGAUCUACAGAACUUUCACGCGGAGAUGUUCUGCUACUGGGGAGAUGAUGUCAGAGCGGGCUUUGGGCUGGUCAAGCCUGACGGAGUGAAGAAGACCACUUCGGGUGUUUUCUUCUGUUCUCCAAAAUCCAGAAUCAAGCAGCUCGCGCCCGGGAAAGGGCUGGUGGGCUUCGUGCGCGGAGAGGGGAAUGUGUCCGUCAUCAGAGUGCCCCCUGCGGGCGGACUGCAGUGCGGCAGGCUGAAGAAUCUGGAGCUGAAAGACAAGAUCAGACUGAUGAGCUGCGGAGAAGCUCAAGCAGUUCUUCUCACAUAUGCAGGCAGAACGUUUUGGAUGGACAAGUAUAACCACUGCAGACCCGUCAAGGAGCUCUCCAGUUGGAAUGUAAUUCAGGUUGUUUGUGGCGACCAGCACUGCAUGGCACUAACCCAGGAUGGUCAGCUGUUCACGUGGGGUCAGAACUCCAGUGGUCAGCUGGGUUUGGGGAAAGGUGAGCCCAGCUUUCUGUCUCCUCAGCCCCUCAAGUCUCUGUGUGGGAUCCCGCUGGCCCAGAUCAGUGCCGGGGGAGACCACAGCUUCGCCCUUUCUCUCUCUGGAUCUGUGUUCGGAUGGGGCAGGAACAGCGCUGGACAGCUGGGCCUGGGGGACACUGAGGACAGAUACAUUCCAGCCUGUGUGAAUAACCUGAGCUUCAAGAAAACAGCCUUCAUCUCAUGUGGAGAGGAGCACACUGCCACUUUGUCAAAGGGAGGAACUGUUUUCACAUUUGGAUUGGGUCGUUAUGGCCAGCUCGGACAUAACUCGUUCAGAGAUGAACACCGACCUAGAGUGGUGGGUGCACUCUGGGGGUCAGAGGUGUCCCAGAUCACCUGUGGAAGGUAUCACACUUUGGCACUGGUUGGAUCAUCAAAAACGAUCUACUUGUUUGGAUGUGGAGAGCAGGGACAGCUGGGAAAUGGACAGAGAACCAAUCAGUGUGUGCCACUUCCUGUACACCUGCCAGCAGAUGCAAAUCACGACCAAUCAGUUGAGCAGAUCGUUGCUGGUGGGAACCUUUCCUUCGUCUUGUGCUCUCGGCAGGAAGCUGAUAAUAGCUCAGUGCACCCGGAAUCGAACCGAGGGAGAGGGAUUUUAACGUUGGGGGACCGAAUGAUUGACAGAUGGAUAUCUGAGUGUGACUCAAAUCAGUGGAGGACGAUCAAGAAAGAAAUUAAAAGACUGUUCUCAUCUGCUGCAUGUUUGAAUGCGAGCUUCAUUAAGAAAAGUUGUGAUGGACAUUAUCAAACUUCUACAAGCUUCUCUGGUUUGGAUAUGGAAUCAGUGAGAGCUGCUGUUGAGCGGUUAGCUCAGAAAGAGAAGGUGCUGUUGGAGGUAGGGAAGACUGUGGAAAAGGAUCUGCUCCCCUCUGUGGGCUCCACUGCUGUUGGUGCUGAAGCUCUGAGAGUUUACCUCAUCCUGCCUGAAAUCCUCAGAGUGCUGAACAAACCUCUGCAUGAGACAAAACUCACUGCUGAAUUGGCUUCUGCCAUCUUAAAGCUGAACCCUCCUAUGCUCCAGGCUUUGGUGAACUACUGGUCUGAUCUCUCUGACGACUUCCUUAAACCCUUCGUGGAGCUCUUUCACAAACCAUCUGCACACUUGAUAUCUCAGAGGACAUUUAACAGACAAGCAGAAUCCUCGGACAAACAUCUACAGAACCUUGUGCACAUCUUACAGAUGCUCUACAAGGCGUCCUGCAGCGGCAAAAGAAAAAUCACAUCUGGAGAUUUUUUCAUCUAUGAGAUCAACUUUCUGUUUGAAAUAUUGCAAACUGUUAAUAUGGAGCUGAAUUGGUUGCCUGACCCUGUAGCGCUCGCAAAUAAACAGUAUCUAGAGUGUACCCUGGCCCUUCUGAACUCCACUCCUUGCAUCUUUAACCUGGAAGCUAAAUGCAACCUUCUAAAAUUGAGACAAGUGAGGACUUGCUUCAGGCUGGUGUUGAGACGCAAUGAGCUCCUGGAGGACUGUUUCGCUCAGCUGAGAACUGCUAAUGAGUUCGCUCUGAAAGGUCGGCUGCAGGUGGUGUACUCUGAGAAGUUUGAACAAACAGACGUUAAUAAAAGAGACUUCUUUCUCAAUGCAUUUCGCACUUUGUUGGAACCACAAUCCAAAAUGUUCAUGUACAACGACACAAAAACACUGAUCUGGUUUCCUGCUGAGCCCAGUUUACAGGAGGAGCGCUACUUUCUGUUUGGAUGCCUGUGUGGUCUGGCCUUUUACAACAACAGUGUAGUGAACCUGCCCUUUCCGUUAGCCCUGUUCAAGAAGCUUGCUGAUGUCCAGCCUUCCCUGGAGGAUCUGACUGAGCUUUGUCCUGUUCUUGGAAGGAGCUUGCAGUACAUACUGGACUACAGGGAUGAAGAUGUUGAUUGCAUGGACAUGAGUUUCACAAUCAUAUGGGACAACAAGGAGGUCGAACUGGAUCCAAAUGAGCCUGGGAAAGUCGUCACAAGCUCAAACAAAAAGGAGUUUGUAGAGGCCUAUGUGGAUUACGCCAUGAACAAGUCAGUGGAGCGAGUGUUUGAGGAGUUCAGGAGGGGCUUCUACAAAGUGUGUGACCGUGACGUGGUGGAGUUCUUCCAGCCCGAGGAGCUUAGAGGAGUGAUGGUGGGCACAGAGGAAUACGAUUGGAGUGCACUCAAAAAGAAUGCAACUUAUGAAGAAUUGUUCCAUGCAAAACACCCAACUAUUGUCUCACUCUGGAAAGUGUUUGAUGGACUGUCAGAAAAGGACAAGAAAGCCUUCCUCUUGUUUUUGACGGGGUUCGACCGAGUGCCGAUUCUGGGUAUGAAUCAAGUGAAGAUGAGGGUGCGCCCCCUAUUAAACUCUACUGAAGACCACCUGCCUCAAGCCCUUACCUGUCAUUCCCUGCUGGAGCUCCCCAUGUACCAAACCAAGCAAACUCUCAAAGCUAAACUCAUGGAGGCCCUACACCACAAGAGGGGCUUCUGGGAGGAAUAAAAUUUGUCAUUAAUACACACUGGGCUUUUACCACAUUACCUUGGUAAUGGUUUUUAAUGGUGAUGGCUUUCAUCUGAAAUCAGGGAACUCACAUUAAACACUGCGCAUAUCUGGAAGAAUGGAGAAAAUAUGGUUAGGGAAACAUGGUUGUUUGUUUUAACUGUUGAGCGAGAGGUGUAUAUUUACAGUGGUGCUUGAUAGUUUGUGAACUCUUUAGAAUUUUCUAUAUUUCUGCCUAAAAUUAGAUUUUCCUCAAUAAAUAAAUGACCAAGUCCAAUAUUUUCAAUCAAAAUUAUGCAGAAAUAGAAAACUCUAAAGUGUUUACAAACUUUCAAGCACCACUGUAAGCAUUAAAUUUAUAUUGCUUUAAACCCAUUCCUGCACUCAUGAAUCCCUGCACUGGUGAAUAAGAUGGAAGAAGGCUUAUUUUCGGGCGGCACGGUGGCGCAGUGGGUAGCGCUGUCGCCUCACAACAAGAAGGGCCUGGGUUCGAUUCCCAGCCGGUCGACCAGGGUAAUUUCUGUGUGGAGUUUGCAUGUUCUCCCCGUGUCUGCGUGGGUUUCCUCCGGGUACUCCGGUUUCCUCCCACAGUCCAAAGACAUGCAGUCAGGCCAAUUGGAAAUGCUGAAUUGCCCCUAGGUGUGAAUGUG